UUAGUUUUGUAACACAUUUGUUGGUAGAUAAUUUUCCUUGCAAACUUCUUUUUUAUUUUAACAGUAUUUGUACAAAUAUUUUUUGACAUGUAAUGCAUUUAUUUCAAUAUGUCAAUAUCAUAUAUUAUAUCUUAAUAACUAAUAUGCAGUAUUAGUUUCUGGCUUAGAUGUUAUUGAGAGUAAACCAGUGCCUUGUUUUGCUCAAUUAUUCAGAACAUUUUUUCAUUACUAGAAAUAAAAUGUAGAUGUACUACUUUGAAUAAAAUAAAUUAAAAUGGUACUUACUGUGAAUCCAAUAUAUAUGUUACAUUUAGCCUUACAUACCAUAAGAAAUUCAUAAGGUUUGGUAGAUGUAAAUUUUUACUUCACAGAAAAAUGAAGUCAAUAACUGUCCCACUGUCUGAGUUGAAAGGUCUUGAUUUCAACGAAGUCCUCAGAAGGUUUGAUCCGUUGGAUGACGACCAGGCAUGUAAUUCUGAAGAAGGUGGAGAUAGUGAUGCAGAUGACAUGUUGCAAGUUACUGCAUCUAUGGAGCCAGCAGAAAAGCGACCAAGAAGAGGAAGUACACUUUGGCAGAAUUCUUCAGAUGUUUCGAGUGUAGAUCUUUCCACAAGUUCACAGGCAUCCACAAGUAAUGCAACUUACUUAGAUGCAGGAGCUUCUACACAUGUGCUGAAGAUCCUGCAAAUAAUUUUGAAUGUGAUGAUCCAGCAGAGGAAGGAGUACCUUUUCGUGUUGUUUUUUUGGAUGAAAAUCCAGAAGAAAAUAUACUCCAUUAAAAUAAAAAUGAAGGUUUGAUGAUUUAAGUCAAAAUGGUGAGGAAUUAUAAAAAAAAGACUGCAAAGGGUGAAAGUUACUCCAAAGAAACACUACAUUGUGCUCUAACUCAAGUAAGAUGUGGUAAUAUAUCGGCUAGAGGUGCUACAAGAAAGUAUUCAAUUCCAUACUCUUCUCUUAUGGACAAUUUGAAUGGUAAGAGAGGAAAAAGUGACACUUUAGGAAGAAGUACAGCAAUACCGAUAGAUGAACGCAGACUGGUAGAAUGUAUCAAGGUUAUGGAAAAGUGGGGUUGGGGGCUUGGUAGGAAAGAAGUUUUGCAAAUAGUUGGAAAAGUAUGUGAAAGAAAAUAAUUUACAAAUACCAUUAAAAAAUGGAGUGCCGGGAGAAGAUUGGUUCCUAAAUUUCAAAAAAAGGCAUAAUCUAUCCAUUAAGAAGCCACAGUCCAUAGAGAAUGUAAGAAAGAAGGCAACUGACCCAUUCUUGAUUGAUGAAUAUUUUAAACUUCUAAAAUCAACACUGGAUGAACUAAAUUUGAAUGACAAACCUCACCAAAUAUACAAUAUCAAUGAGACCAAUUUUAGCAUGGACCCUGCAAACACCAAAAUUGUAGGACAAAAAACAGUCCAUCAUCAAGGAUUACAAGUGGGCCUAAUAAGGAAAAUGUAACUGUUCUUUUGGGAGGAAAUUCUGCAGGAGAUAAACUGCCACCACUUAUUAUAUUCAAAAGAAAAAACAUUUGGGAUCAGUGGAUUGCUCCUGAAGGUGUUGGGUACCCAAAUACAUCAUAUGCAGCCACACCUAAUGGGUGGAUGGAAACAUAAGUUUUCAUCAAUUACUUCGAAAGGACUUUCAUUGGGUCAUUCUCCAAACAAAGUGUUUUUUAUGUCCCAACAGGUUUUAACAACAAAAUUGUUUUAAAGUACUGAAUAUUUGUUUUUUAAU